AGCCAAAAUCACUUUCGAUCUGAAUUCACAGAGAUUAGUCGUCUAAACUGCUUGUGCUCCUGAAUAUUUUCUGAUUUUUUUUGUUGACCAAAAAGUUACAUUGUGUUUUUCCAAUUGUUGCGAACACCAAGUUGAAUUUGAAUUGUUACAAACACGAAGUUGAAUUUGAAUUGUUCCAAACACCAAGUUGAAUUUGAAUUGUUACAAACACCAAGUUGAAUUUGAAUUUCGUUUUGAUUUGAUUUGAAUAUUGAACAAUAGGAAAAUGCCCAAGGAGAUGGACCAAGGCAAAGGCGACAACGCUAAGGAGGAGAAGAAGGAGAAGAAGGAUAAGGAGAACCAGCCGAGCAACGAGAUGCCCGGCACAUCGAAGCAGAGCAAGAGUUCCGAGCAGAUUGAGAAGAAGCUGCAGGAGAUCAAGGGACAGAAGCCGCACUUCAACGAUAUGGUCGUCGUCUUGGAGGAUCUAGUGACUCCAGUGACGCCCAAGGCCAUGACCACCAAGAAGUCCAAGAACACGGAGAUGAAUCCACAGACUCCCGGUAAGCCGGCAGCUGCCAAGGAAGGCGAAGGUGCUGCUGCUGCUGCUGCUGCUGGUGCUGCUGCUGGUGAUCAGCAGGGGGAUACGGUGUUUGCUGAUACCGUGGCAUUCGUGAUGCAGCCGGAUGGCACUCACAAGGUGUACACCACACGCGAAGAGGUGACCGAGGAGGAGCAGGUGGCACCCACGCGCGAGAUACUCGUCGACGAUGGCGAGCUCGUCAUCUUGACCGGCGACAAUGGGGAGGUGGUCUACCGCCCCAAUGACUCCGUUACCAUCGAGGCCGAGGAUAACCGUGUCUUCGUUGUCGGUGCCCAGGAGAAUGAUGUCACAUACGUCCAGACCGAGGAGCAGGAGGUCCAGGAGACAAUCGAGGGCGAGAACCUCGUCGAGUAGUCGCCGGUUAAGGAGUAGGUGCAGGAGUAGGGCCAUACUAAAUAUGCCAAAUAUAUCAUUGUUUUCGCUAGUUGAAUCAAAUAAAUAUGCAAAGCAUUUAAAUAUAUAAACAUA